AUGACAUUUGGUAUUCAUCAUAUCAUUGGAAUUCAUCGUCUUCAUACGGGUCAAAAAAACUAUUCAACUCCAUUGAUAUUUAAAUCAUAUGCCCAAUGGCCUUAUUGGCAACGAACAGCAUUUGAUUACCUUUUUUGGUGUCAAUUCGCUGAGGCAUUAAACUUUAGUGUUGCACUUCUAUGUUGGCUUUGGAUAUUUCCGCUAACAUUUCCUGAAGCAAAUGAAUGGCAUUUUAAAUGGGUAUCUCGAGUUUUUCUUUUUAAUAUUGCUUGCGAAUUUAUUACUAAUUCAUUUUGGCAUUGGAUAACUCACGCACAUCGAAGUCCAUAUGCUCAAGGACUACUACAUGAAAAAAAAUUUAAUCCAAUUAAUCCUUAUGAAGAAAAAGGACAACAUCAUUUAUUAAGAGAAAUAACAUUCACUACACUUGGGUGGUUACAAUCAGUUUUCAUUCAAUGUAUUUUUAUGUGGUUAUGGGCUAGCGGUCAAUUACCUUAUUAUAGUGAUUUUUGGUCUAAGCCAUUCUUUCCAGUUUUUAUUCUUUUAAGUGUUACUUUUUGGAGAGCAUUUCAUUUCUAUUGGGUUCAUCGUUUUAUGCAUCCAUGGUGGUCUAUUCAAAAUGGUUUACGACAAGGUGAUAUUGGUGCAUUUCUUUAUCGUCAUUUUCAUAGUCUUCAUCAUCAAAGUCGUAAUCCUGGUCCAUGGUCUGGACUAUCUAUGCAUCCAGUCGAACAUUUCUUCUAUUAUACAUGUACUUUUUUUCCUCUUCUCUUUUCCUGUCAUCCACUUCAUUUUCUCUAUACAAAAUUCAAUACUGAUAUUUCUCCAAUUGGUGGUCAUGAUGGUCACGAUAAACCAGCUGUUGGUGCAGGUUUUCAUUACUUACAUCAUGCAGUUUUCGAAUGUAAUUAUGGAUCGCCAUUAAUUGAUUUUGAUCGUCUAUUUAGUACUUAUAAAGAAUAUGUCAGAAAACCAUCAACAAAUGACAAAUGUAAAACUUAA